AUGAAGUUGGGCAAUCAGCUUGGCUUCAAUGCCUAUGCAAACUUGCGUGGGCCUUUUGUGGCUCGCCGUGACAUACCGAUCUUGCCCAAGAAUCCUCGAGCCGCGGAGAGAGAAAUCUACAAAGCCCGCGUGGAGGCGCCGUGCAAGCAGACCUGGCUCAACGUAGACAUCGUUGAUAAUUACUUCGUAGAUUUUCGGAAGCAAGACUGGCGAGCGCUCCCGCUCAUGCUGCAGGAGGAGCGGCGCACCGGCAAGAGGAUGGUCUCCGAGAACACGAACACUCUCAGUCAUGUUGACACCCUGAUCUGGGGCAGUGACAUCGACAAGAGCGAUGGUCUCCUAAAACAGUGUGACUCCGAGAUUUACCGGGGUGCUGCCGGCCUGAACGCAAAGGCAGAGCGCACGCCCAUCUACGGCUACAUACCGCCCGUUGCUUACCGAACCUUCGGUCCCGAAGGGCCUGUUCGGUUUCAGUGA